AUGUGGAGUCUAAGGAAGCUAGUAGUUGUGAAAUUUUGUGCUCCCUCCUUAGUUGAAUACUUUACAAACGUCAAAUUUAGAAGGUUCAGAGUGGAAACUUGCAUUGAAUUCGACUUCACUCACGCUGAUUUUCCAUUCAUGAAUUUAGAUGACUGGAUUUCUCUGUUUCUAAUUCUUUCAAAAGAUGAAGCAAAGUAUGCACCGAUUGUUUCCCACUUGAAAACAAUGCGGAUAUGCUACAUCCACGAAGUUGCGAAGCUUGAUGUGGAAAUAGUUGUAGUUUUAAUGAAAAGGCCAAUUGUGGAUUCGAAAGAAGAGUUAAAAGAUUUUCAGAAGAGGAUGCUCGGAAAACUUAAGAAAGCUGACUGGAGUGUCGUUUAUCAAAUAAGAAGUAGUGAUAAAUAUCAGAAGAGUUUUUUCUUUCUUUUAGACAAACACUUAUACUCUUCUUCUGCACUAAAUCAUAUUAUGGAUUUUACCGUUGCUUGUAAAUAG